AGCGGGUGAGACCAUCAUCUCCCGCGUACUAUAAGAACGUCUCCCGACGUCGGAUCAACCCAUACUCGUCGGGUCGUCUACAAGAAUCCAGACCCGCGCUGGGAAGCUCGAUCCGAUAUUAUCUUCGAUCAAACCAAAAGGUCAACAGAGAGAGAUGGAAGUGAAACCUGAAUUGGAUGUUAAGGGAGAAGAGAAGGGGGAGAAGGAAGAACUGCAUCUGAAAGUUGAACGAAGGAUUGAAGAAGCUUUUGAAUCAAAGGCAGAGAAGACUGAGAUUGACAAGGAUGAGAAAGAUGCGAAGAAGAAGAUGAAGGGAAAAGAGAGUGAGGAUGGUUUGUAUGGGGAGCAGGAGCAUGAAGAACUUGGGAAAUCCAAGGAGAAAGAGAAAAAAGACAAGAAAGGAAAGGAAAAGGAAAAGAAAAAGAAAAAUGAAGGUGGAGAGGCUGAGGAUGAGGAGGAAGAGGAGAAGAAGAAGAAGAAAGAUAAGUCUGGGGAUUCAGAUGGCAAAGUUAAAAAGGUGAAAAAAGAGAAAAACAAGAAAGAUAAGGACCCAGAGGAUGAUGAGGGGGAAACAACAAAAUGCAAAGAAGAAAAAGAUUUUGGUGUCAAUGAAGUCGUGAAACACGAACAGGUGAAGGAAGAAAUGCAUGAUAAGAAAGCAAAGAAGAACAAGAAGCAUGAAGAGGGAGAAGAGAAGAACAAAGUGGAGAAGAAAGAUAAGAAAGAGAAGAAGGAUAAAGAAAAGAAGAUUAAAGACAAGGAGAAGCUAGGAGGAGGAUCAAACGAGGAUAGAGAGAAGGAAAUGAAGAAAAAAGACAAAGAAGACAAGAUGGCGAAGAAAGAUAAGGAGAGCACAUACAAUAAGACAGAGGAUAACACAGAUGAGGGUCGGUGUGAGGCUAAAGCAACGUCACGGGAGAUUGAAAUAGCUGAAGAUGUGGAAAAAUAUUCAGCGGACAAAGAGGGAAAGCAUGAAGAGGAUGGAAGUAAGAAAAAGAAGCAUGGAGAUGAGGAGGAAAAAUCGGACGCAAAGGAGGAGAAGAAGAAAGAGAAGGAAAAAUAUAAAACAAUAGAAGGGAAAGAGGAGAAGAAAGAAAAGAAGGAAAAAGAAAACAAGAUGAAAGGCAAAGAGGAGUCAGAUGAGAAAUUGAACAAGAAAACAGAACAAGAGAAGGAGAAGAAAGAAAAGAAGGAAAAAGAAAUCAAGAUGAAAGGCAAAAAGGAUUCAGAUGAGGAAUUGAACAAGAAAACAGAACAAGAGGAGAAGAGGAAAGAAGACAAAGAAGAGAAAAAGAAAGAUGAGGAUAAAAAAGAUAAGAAGAGAAAGAAGGAUGGCAGAAAGGAAGCAGCUGAUGAAGUUACCUCGAAAGAGGUUGAAACAGAAGAAAAUGUAACAGAAAUUGGAGGAGAAGUGGAAGGGAAGCAGGGAGGAGUUAAAAUUAGCAAGGAUAAGAAAGAAAAGGAGAAGAAGGAAAAAAAGGAGAAGAAAAAGAAGCCUGAGGAGAAGUACAAGGGACAGGAUCUUGGGAAGCUGAAGAAGAAAUUAGAGAAGAUCAAUGCUGAAAUCAAAUCCCUCUUCGAGAAAAAGGCAGACAUCAUAAGAUUGAUGGAAGAGUCCGAGAAUAACAAUUUUGUUGAUGCCGAAAAGCUCAAAGAUACUGAAUGAUAUGCUGCUGCUUAGGUGGGAAUCGGGAUAUAUAUAAUAAUAUAAUAGCUACGUUGUACGAUAGAUGCUUUUUGUGUUUCAUUUGAAGGUUAUAAAUGGAGAAUCUAUUUUUGGUUUGGCUUUCUGUAGAGCGAGUAAGAUAGACUAAGGGAAAUUUGCAAAAAUAGGACGGCCGGCAAAGAACUUUGUAAAAAUAGGACUCUUAAUUUUUUUUUUUUUGUAAAAUUAGGACUUUUGAGAGUUGAAUGGACUAAAAUGCUCUCGAUUUAAAUUAGCCUACGAUCCCCUUCAUCUUCUUCUUUUUCAAUAAAUCUUUUUCCUUCUCUUUCUA